AGAACCGCGUCGAACCAUGGGCAUUCGUCACUUCUAUGAAAUGCCAUUACAGUAUGUAAAUAUGCUAUUCUGUAAUAAAGAAUGCUUACACUUAAUUUUGAGUUUGAUAGCAUGGAUACACUCGCCUUAAGAUAUGUAAACGAUACUAUAGAUAUUUGCUUUUGAUUCUGCAUAGUAACUGCGUAUGAUGGUUGACAGCUUACAAUAUUCAACCACAGUAAAAGUUAAGCUCCGAAAUUGUUUAUGUGUUUAAAAGAAUACAAUUAAGAGGAAGGUGUUUGAUUUAGACCCUAAGAGGGCGGACUCGGUAGAAGUCGUCAAUGACAACGAAACCCAGUCCCAUAAAAGAUUUAUUUCUGGAGGGUGAAACGAACACUUGUGGGUGCUGUAAGUGAACGUGAAACUUAACAAAACUUCAGUUGCCUUUCAAAAUGGAGGAAUUUGAUUAAGGAAAGAUGGAAUUGACCACCUACUGACCCAACCCCUCCGUGAAAACACAACCAUUCGGUGAAACCAACCCUGGUGACCCAACACCUAAGUGAAAAUGUUCAGAGGAGACACAGGAAGUUACUUGGAUCCUCUAAGAGCAUGCUCUCUGUCUGGUGAGAGCCGGGUUGAUGUGGGUAUUUCCGAAUCCGCUACCAACGCUAAAUUCGACGCAAUUAUCAAGCAACGGAGACGGACAACCAACAGGACAUCAGUUCUCAAUGAUGUUGAAAAGGCGCGCCUUGAUUUAUUAAUCAAACGAAUUGACGGAGAGCGAGCCGUGACAGAGACGAUAUUAAAUCGACAAAGGAUAGAAGUUCAGAAUUCACUUAUUGCAAUUGAAGAUCAUAGGAAAGAAUAUCAGAAAUACACAUGUGAGGACGAUAAGGUAAUCAAUGAAUUGCUAACCGACAGAAAAAGUAAGCGGAAGAGAAUAGUAUCACCCAGAGUAUCCCCGAGGGCUCUAAAUGUCACUGGUAUUGAAUUGAAACAGAAACUACCAAAUUCGAAAGAGAUUGAAAAUGACUCAAAAUCGAAAAUGCCAAUGUUGAAACCAUUGAAACAUGUGACCCAAGAACAUAGUAAAUACAAACAAACAAAUAGACCUACUUACAGAAGAGAAGACAAACAUUUGACUUCCAUUCGCUUUCCCGCCAUUGGAAAAGUUCUGUAUAAAGACGAUGUCACGCCUCUCCCUGGAGAUAUUACUAUUGACCAAUCGAAACAUCACUCGAGUGGUGUACGUCUGCCGAGGGCAAUGUCAGAACCAGAUUCCAUUAACUCAUGCGCAAGCAGCAGACGUAAACAAAAUAAAAAAGUUCGCAAAGGAAGGAAACGCGGAAUGAGUGUGAAUGAGUGAGAAAAAAAUGAAAAUUUUUAAAAGUUGUUGGAAGAGAGAGAAAUUUUGAUCAAACAAUAUAGAAAGUUUAAAUUACUGAGAACUGGUCAUUAUUGUUAAGGUAGCGAAUUUAAUCGAUGUAAGUUCCAGUGGCUUAAUGCCCGUGAGCUCUCAGGGGCGCAGCGACAGGCCCCCAAAUCAAAGGUGCCCCGGAGGAGCUUUGACCAAUGGCGUAACGCCUGUGUGCUUACAGUCCAGUUUCUAGUAGCAAUAAACCCCCACAAAAAAUUGGUCCAAAUUUUGAAAAAUGGGUCUAAAUUAUGCAAUUUCAUACAUAAAAUGGGUCCACUUUUUGAAAAAUGGGUUCAGAUUUCUCAUAUUUAAAUUCAAUUUUAGGAAUAUAGGUCCAGAUUUUUCAUAUUUUUGCGUAAAAUGGGUCAAAUUUUUUUAAAAAAUGGGUCCACAUUAUUUGAACUUAUGCGUAAAGUGGGUCCACCCUGAUAUUGUACCGCACUGUUUGAAAAUUUUGGUUACGGCAUUGUCCAGGAUUACUAUUUGGGGGUGCAGGGUAUGUAAAUCUUGACCAAUUGGGCUCAUGAGGUAGAGCCGGUUGUUAGAUUGCACCUUAUGACAACUUCAAUGCUCAAGUAUUGGCUUAACGAUGGAUUGCUGGGUAAUGAGAUUUAAGAUUACUUUUUAAUCUUCUUUACAGAAAAUAACAAGUUUUAUAUUCAUAUUUGUUUUCUAAGUGAAUGUAACGGUGAAUGCUAAAUACCGAUGCGUAAGUAUGAUUUACAGAUCAACAAGACUAAAUUUUCAAUUUGUAAACGAUCAAGUUGAUUCCGUAGUUAAAUAGCAGAAUAGUCGCACAACAGGCCCCAUAUCAUUAAAUAUAGUAUUGCUUAAUGCAGUCUCUCUUUACUCGUUUUAUUCUUUUGAGAGAGGAAAUUUUGCGCCACAAAAACAUAUCCUCUUCGCCUAAUUCGUGGGCAAAACUACUCAACUUAUAUACAUUACAGGAGCCCCCAAUUCAUUCUCACCCCCGGGCCCCCUGACUCGCCGUUACCUCACUGUAAAUGUCCCUUUAGUGCAAACACCAUACAGUUUAGGUUGCUCAACAAAUCCUAAUAAAUAUUUUGUUACCUACUCAAGGACGGGCAAGCUCCCCAGUUUCCCUGCUCUAGCGUGGUUUAGUCAAUUCAAAAUAAUCAAUAAGAGUGCAAAAAUUACAACUUUUAUAGAGGUAUCAUGCUGCGCUUUGAAUACCAUUUUCUCUCUUCUCUCUUCCACUAUUCCUUUCUUUCUUCUUUUUAGCUCUUUUUGGGGAGGGGCUCUAUCCCUAUGCCCCAGGAUCCGACUCUUUUGCUUUAGUAUUUAUUUAAAAACAGCAUGUCUAUAUAUUUAUACUUAAUGUUGAUAUUUGCUUUCCUUGAUAUCUGCGGAUUGAAUUGAUGCUGGCUGUAAAAAGUUUCUCUUUUAAAGAAAAUAUAAUAAAAUAUAAUACGAAUGCAUUAAAUUUACACAUCAUGAGCCCGUCAUUAAGACAGUCUUUCUGUAACCAGUCUACCUUAUUUGUUCGUAUUUUUUUUACUAUCGCAGUCAUUUAUUCACUGAUUCAUCAAUUACUGUAAUCAACAAUAAAAUAGACAGAAAAUACAUUAAAAUAAAAUACAGUAAAGAAAGGGACAACCAAAAAAAAAAAUCGAUCUAUAUCCAUAUUAAACAUGGCAUUUAUUGUGUUGAA